AUGCUGCCACAGGAGAUCCAGACGGCCGUUGCCGAGUUUCUCCAGUUACACGACCUCGCUCGUCUUAUCCGUGUCAACAAGGACUGGAACCAAUCGUGUACUCCUAUCCUUUGGAGGGCACUCGAUAUAACGGGCGAGUUUCAAUACAAGUGGUUUUGUUCAGUGCGUGCCCUUCGAUCAUUGUCCCGUCAAGGACACCAUAUCCGCACCCUUCGGACCCUCUUCCCUUACACGCUAAUCCCCUUUCAAGACCUUGACGUAAUCCCGGACCUCCACUUGACGCGUCUCGAACUGACCAUCCCUCCAAGAGUCAACUUUCUCACCGACGACCAUACAAGGCACAUCAUCAGCCUUAUCAAACGCAGCUCCUCACUCCAGCACCUCUACAUUGGCAGCAUUUGUCGACACCCAGGGCAACUCUUCUUUGCCAUCGACAAGUACCUCACUCGUCUCAGGUCACUUUCGCUCUUUCACAUCUCGUACUCGGACCAGUCUUUUCGACCAGACCAUUACCCCCGCAUCGGAUUCCGACUCUUGAAAGCCUUUUUCGACAACCUCUCCUCCGAGCUGGAGUACUUUGCCUUGGGCGCGCACACCUUUUGGAGCGAGGGCACUCAAGAGAACGGCCAUUUGAAGGAGGACAUUGAAAACUAUGCGCACGAUGAAGCAGACUACCUGGACUUUGAGCGAUACUUUGGGUUGGGAGCCGCUAAACAACACAAGCACCUAAGGAUCCUUUCACUCCGAGGCAUGGAGGGCGAUCAGGACAGGGUUUUGCCGGUAUUCUUGAGAGGCUGCCCGAACUUGGAGGUCUUUGACAACCCUACCCCUGACAGGAUCACGGCGAGGCCCAUCACCGGAUACAAGUUGGUCCAGACUGCGCUGGAGGAGGCAGUGGGGUAUCAUCUCAAGGAUCUGACAGUUGUUGCAAGCGAGGAAGGCGAGUGGGAGACGGAUGGGGACAUUGCACACACCAUCUCGACGGCACUUUCGAGUAUCACAGGGAACAGUUUCAGGGAGGUCUGGAACAAGAUCAACAUCCAGCGCGACUGCUCGUCCAGAAUGAAGGCGACAGCGGAGGCGAUCGGGAGAACAUGCCAGAAGGGCUUGGUCACUCUGCGGAUCAAGAAUGCGUCAACCAUGGAGAGCACAGAUGUCCAAUUGAUUUUAUCCCAGACCAGUGCGCUCCGAGAGUUCAGCUCGACCCGUUCACCAAGGUUGGUUGCUCGUGACAUGGUGUCGAAACCGUGGGCGUGUCAAUGGCUGACGACGCUCUGUGUUCAGAUCUACGGGAUUCCGCGACCUGACCUUAAGAUGGACGAGCACGGUCAAGUGUUGUCUGCAGCGGAUAGAAAGACCGGUGGCGGUUGUUUCUUGAGGAGGGAGGAUAUCCAGCGGCAGGUGUACCAACAACUAGGGAGACUUGUCUGUCUGGAGGUCCUGGAUGUGAGUUGUGUGUAUCGUGAAGGGUCUCAUGUUAUCUAUCCGCUGGACAUUAACCAAGGGGAGCCGUCGUUCAACUCUGGGCUGCAGACGGAUUGUCUUGAUUGGACGCUUGAGAGUGGGUUGGGCCAGUUGGCGAGUUUGAAGGAGUUGCGUGAGGUUGAUGUGAGGAUGACAUGGCACCGGCUAGGGGUGCGUGAGUUGGAGUGGAUGGCUCGGCAGUUGCCUCGUCUGAAUGUACUGAAGGGUCUGAAUCCGAUGGCGGACCUGAGUUCGUUGACGGGCGACUAUGUGUCCGAGCUUGGGGUUGAGAAGUGGGCACGGAGCCACAAACCAGACUGGUUGCCAUCCGGCAGGCGAUAG